UUAUCUGUAUCUUCUAUGUAUCUUUCAUACAAUUUCUCAAAGGCUCCGCAUCCAGCUUGUCCAUAUAUAUCAAUUCAUGUAACAGAUUAUAAAUACAUUAUAUUGAAUUACAUUCUUCGAAAGAGUUAGAGAUAGGAUAUUUUAGGCAGCAACUUGCCUUGUAUUACAAGCUGUUCUAUUUUUAAAUUUUACUUUACAUGUCUAUAUAACUUGAGUUUUGAAGGGGAACCCAUCUCACUUUUGUUGAAGAGGAGCUUUCGUGUAAAAACAGAAAAUGGGUCAGUUGCUUUGCUGUAUACAAGUUGAUCAAUCCACUGUAGCUAUCAAGGAAAGGUUUGGUAAGUUUGACGAAGUUCUCGACCCAGGAUGUCAUUGCUUGCCGUGGUUUCUUGGUAGUCAAGUAGCUGGUCAUCUAUCACUGCGGCUGCAGCAAUUGGAUGUGCGAUGCGAGACAAAGACAAAGGAUAAUGUUUUUGUCAAUGUCGUUGCAUCUAUCCAAUACCGUGCCCUUGCUGAUAAGGCGAAUGAUGCAUUCUAUAAACUCAGCAAUACAAGGAGUCAAAUCCAGGCAUACGUGUUUGAUGUAAUUAGAGCUAGCGUCCCAAAGCUCAACCUGGACGAUACUUUCGAGCAGAAGAAUGACAUUGCGAAAGCAGUUGAAGAUGAACUUGAGAAGGCCAUGUCUGCUUAUGGGUUUGAGAUUGUUCAGACCCUCAUUGUUGAUAUAGAGCCAGAUGAGCACGUGAAGCGAGCCAUGAAUGAAAUCAAUGCAGCUGCAAGGCUUAGGGUGGCAGCGAAUGAGAAGGCAGAAGCCGAGAAAAUCCUGCAAAUCAAGCGAGCUGAGGGUGAGGCAGAAUCCAAGUAUCUGUCAGGCUUGGGCAUUGCCCGUCAGCGCCAAGCAAUUGUGGAUGGAUUGAGAGACAGCGUCCUCGGCUUCUCUGUCAAUGUGCCAGGGACAACGGCAAAGGACGUCAUGGAUAUGGUUCUGGUUACUCAGUACUUCGACACGAUGAAGGAGAUUGGUGCGUCCUCCAAGUCUUCUGCCGUAUUCAUUCCCCAUGGACCCGGAGCUGUCCGUGAUGUUGCCAGUCAGAUCCGUGACGGGUUGCUACAGGGAUCCGCGCCCCACCAAUAAAUUUUAGUGUUUUGGCACAAACUAUGUUGUGGGGUAUGUGUUCGCAGACUCUUACCAAGUCUUUUGUGGGUUUUUUCUUCAGAUGGUGAUUGUUUGUUUCCUUUGCUUUUGCAAGGUCUAGUAUAUGUGUCGUUUGCCUGAAUAUGUGUUUAUAUUCUCCCAAUUUUAAUGACGUAAAAACCUGUAGAAUUGUAUAUGUGGCUUCUCUCCCAUUUGCUUGUAUUUUUUGAUAUAGUAGCUUCACUCUCUUCAGCUUUA